CUUUGGUUUGAGUGAACUAUUGCUACCUUGGUCAUGGUACUUCUGACUCUUGAACGUAUUGGCAGUGAUAUCUACGAAAAACUGGUUUUUAACCUGGAGCAUUUUUCCGUUGAUUGGAAAAUUCGAGAGAUUUCGAACCUAGAAGGGUACUCGGAGUAUUGAAGGAUGUUGAACUAUUACCACCUUGGUGAUGAUAUUCGCGAGUCUUGAAAGUAUUGGCAAUGAUACCUAAGGGAAAACUGGUUUUCUGACCCCCAAGUAUUUUUCCGAUGAAUCGAGAUGGAAAUUUCGAGAAAUUCAAGCCUAGAAUGUGAAUGAGCUUCGGAGUUGUGGAAGAAUGAUGAACUAUACUAAUCAUGAUUUCGAGUCGAGUUGAGUCAAUUUCAAGUGCAUUUGCCACUGUUCAUCAUGCAAUUAGCUUCUUUUAUCCUUCCUGACCCUGAGACAGGUUUGGAAUCACUGGUCAGUAUGAAUUCCUUUCUUGCGGCACAAUCACUGAUAUAAGCACUAGAGAUUUGAGCAUAUAUCUCUCACGGCGAGAGCGAUAUCUCAUGAUAUGCCGUACGACGAGGAUAAGACUGGACAAGACUUGACAAGACCUUUAGCCUGAUCAUUGGGUACAUGAUACAGUUCAUUUUUCGAACUGACAAAGCAGAUAUGACCAGGUCUAAGUAUUGAAUGCACCCAUUUUCAACGAUUUUAUCAAAUUCGAAUCAAUGAGGAGCGAUUUUUCGAACCAUAGUAUCUCUCAGUAUCAAACCGGAACUUGAGAAUAUGCAGGCACAAACACCUGAUGUUCAAUUAAGCUGUAGCCAAUGAAAUAAUCGGUACAAAGAUACACCGAGUCUUGGAAUUCAGAUGUUUGGAUGGUAAUGGAUGUGCAUGCAUAUGUCAGGAGAUUAAUAACGAUUAUUUCGACUUUUUGUUGAAGAAUCUUGGAUGAGCUUCUGAUUGGAUUCAAUCUAUUCUCCUGAUGCGAUACUUCUCAUUCGUUAUUAUCACGCAAUAUUACCUACUUCGAUUACGUCUAGCAUCUGAAAGAUGGGAGGAAUUCGGUACUUCACGGUUCACAACAAAGUCUACACCAUAUCGACCGGCUAAAAGCUAAGGAAUGAAUUUAUCCGUCGUGGAUAUUUAUAUAAAUAUGAAGUUCCUCCCGGACAUGAAGCGGCAUUCAUUCAAGUGGUAUAUAUCAAUGUACUUCAACAUCUCAAUAAUUCCUGGAAAUUCGAAGAAAAAAAAGCAGAACUUUCCACACGAAGCAGUUAACAUUCGAGUCAUUCAUAUAUGUCAGACGGAGGACUAGCAAAAUCCCGAUGACUUGGAAAUUAUAAUCAGCAGGUUUGAUUCGACGAAACGAAUGAGUUAGAGAUUGAUGCUUGCCCCGAGCAUAUGUAUUUAUUCGUUGAACCAGAUCAGAUACAAUACUACAAGUACUCACCAAUAU